ACGAAAGGAGCGCUUCGGCUUCAGAACAUUUGUGGCGGGAGGACGCGUUUCGAGGCUCUCGGGUUUUCCUCCCUGUUGGAAGCAGAGGAGGGCGGUCCGCUGAUUGCUGAAAGGUGUCAGUCAAGCGUUGUGAUUGGUUGCGUCUCCCUUGGAGUGGUGAUUUCAGCUUGGGUCUGCUUUGGGGCUGCCCGACGCCCGUGUCGUGCGUGUUCCCCCCCACCCCCAGUGUCGGUCAAGCCCUGGGAUUGGGUUUGUUUGGAAUCUGGCAUCCUGGCUUGUUUGUUUGGUCUUACGAUUGACCACCUUUCGUUCUCAGCUUCCAGGUCCCAUGUCUUCUCAGCUAUCCUGCUAAGCAGCUGCCUUUCCAAAUUCUUGAAUAGACUGCUGUACACAAAAAGGACGAAAGCUAUCCUGCUAAACACAGCCGUCUUGUGCCGUUUCCACGUCGAACGACGGAAGUAGGAGUUAUCUUACGACAGGAAAACAUAUCAGGAUAGAAAUACUUUUGUAGUUCAACUCUGGUUCUGACAUCAGGACGAAGGCCCUGUCCCGUCCCGAGCGCGACCGUAGUCUCGCUAACGUUCAUUUGGCUACAAUAUAGGAUGGUGGUGACGACGACCAGAGCAGCCAUGAUGGAGAGCUCGAUAUCUCUGAAGGACUCGCCAGAAAUGGACUACAAAGAGGCGUUUCUAGACGUCAUGCUAGUGCCCGGCGGCACUCUCGAGGCGGUGCAGGAGCUGUACGACAUCUGCCAGGUGGACGCAUUCGUCGCAGCGAUGCUGGACGUUCGCGCGGCUGCUGUCGCCCGGCGACGACUGCUGGGAGUCGUCGGGCCCGGGACCACCAAGGCCGAGCAGUACACCGUCCGAGACAUGUUUUCCUUUCAGCAGGACGCGAUCCCGACCUCCAUGCUGCGGCUGAACGGCAAUCUGCACGAGCCCGCCACGCGAGUAUUCAACGACGUGCUGCGGUUCAUGGGCGUGCACGAGGGCAAGGUGCUCAGCCGCGCCGAGGAGGUGGCGCUGGUGGCGCGGGUGUUCUUGGACCUGGGGAAGGAGCCCAUGCUGCGGGACGAGAUGUUCAUGCAGCUGUGGAAGCAGACCAGAGGGAUCGAGUACAAGGGCUCGUGCCUCAAGGCGUGGGAGCUCAUGCGCCUGUGUGCGGGCGUGUUCCCCCCCACCACCACCAUCGCUGGCCCUCUCUCCGAGUACUUCUCCUCGCUUGUGGCGGACGAGGCGGGGGACGAGGGCAUUCGAGAGGCCGUGCUGGCAGCGUGGAAGGCGCUGGACCACGGGCUGAAGAACGGGCCCAGGAGAUGCGUGCCGGGGCAAGAAGAGGUGCUCUCUCUGUUGACACACACGCCUCUGCUGGUGCCAGUGUAUCUGUGCGAUGACACCCUGGAGAACAUCCACAGCAGUGCAGUGACAACCAUAGGGGAAGCCAUGCAGCUGCUGCUGCAAAGGCUGCAGAUCACAGACACCUCGUCCUUUGCAAUGUUCACGUGCCGCAUCUACAAGUCAGUGGGGGCCACUCACAGCGACCCCACCAUUGACCACGUGCCUCUAGACCCGGACGCCUAUGUCUCAGACGUGAUGGCGGAUUAUGUGAAGGCGGCGCGAUGCAGCAUGGUGGUGUGCAAGCUGCUGCUCAAGAAACGGUUCUUCAAGACGGAUGAUGCCUUGGCGGCCGAGCUGCAGCACGUGCGCCUGUGCUACGCCCAGUUGCGCUAUGACUAUCUCACGAGCCACUAUCUGGUGACAGUUGAGGGAGCAGUGGUGCUGGCUGCGCUGCAAAUAGCUGCAGAGAUCGGGGUCAUUGCCAACCCAGAAACGGCCCUGGAGUGGAGCAUACAGAUGAGGAGGUCCAUUCCAAAGAUAGUAUCUCGACUUCACGCCAAGGACGAGUGGAUGAACCUCAUCCUCGAACCCUACCGCACACUGUGGUCGUUGGAUCAUGAGGCCACGAUGAGAGAGUUCGUCCGCAUUUUACUGGAGAUCCCCCAGGGCGGGUCGGUCUUCUUUGACUUGCGCACCGAGGAAGACACGGCGAAUUACUUCCCAAAGCACGUCAUUGUGGGGGUCAACCACAACGGGCUUCACUUUUUGGACGCAGAGGUGCGGUCGGUUAUUCACCAAGCAGAGCUGAGAGAAAUAGCCGAGUAUGCCGGCAAGCCCGAUAGAAUAUUCUUCAGCUUCGCACUGCAAGAGGAGCUGCACUCGUUCGAGUUUGCAACAACUGGGGGCGAUGAGAUAUGCUUUCUGCUUGAUCUUCACAUAGCAAAUGCUUUGCGAGCAUCACAAGAUACGUAAAUAUGGAUGCAACCGCGCCGCUCCUCACCUGAAAAUGUCCGUGUACAUCGUAAUUGAUGUGAUACGGUAUGCUCAUGCUUAUGAAAGACACGAAGUGGUUUGAUUAAAACAUGGGAUGUAGAGAAGAGUGAACUAGGGGAAAAUGUCGAGGGUUACAAAGAUAGGACUGUAGCCUCUAAAAACUGACCUAACGAAGGCUAUAACAAAUAUAAAAAAUGAGCUAGCUU